GCGGGGCCCACCAUAUCUUCUUCCUCAAAGCCACCACCAAGGCACCAAGCUUUCUCAUGGCCGUCACAAGCCGCAACAGCACCAUCAGGGACAAAAACCAGAGCAGAGGGAGGAUUCACUGACCUGAUGAAGAAUUAAGAGAGCACAAAGAAAUCACGCAGCCACAAGCAGUCAAGCAGACAAGCCAAGGAGCCGAGAUCUUGUUGGCUUGCUGCUGAUCGGAGGUCGGAGCUGAGCUCACCAUAAGCUCUGCCUCGCCUUCUCUCACCGUAUCACCAGUCAUCAGGCACUCAGGCAGUCACCACUCAACAGACAAGACUACAAGAGAGAAGCAAGAACAGACAGACACCAGAUCGCCAUCUCCGAAGCUAGUUCUCCUUGCAGCUUUCAUCGUACUGCGGCGCUGGGCGUGGUGGUGGCAAGAGAAGGUCGGCCAGGCGGUCUCUUGGCGUCGUCUGGUCUGAUCCAUGGCUGCCUUCGCGGCGCACACGAGCGCCACCAGCUCGCACUACUCGCCGCCGGGCACGGCCAUCCUGCUCCGGAGCAGGAGGCGGGCCUUCGCCACCCGCGUGUCGUGCUCGGCGGCGGCGGCGGCCGGCAAUAAGACGGUGGUGAUCGGGGUGGCGGCCGACUCCGGGUGCGGGAAGAGCACGUUCAUGCGUCGGCUGACGAGCGUGCUCGGCGGCGGGGCGGAGCCGCCGAGGGGCGGGAACCCGGAGUCCAACACGCUCGUCGGCGACACCGCCACGGUGGUCUGCCUGGACGACUACCACUCGCUGGACCGCGCGGCGCGCAAGGCGCGGGGCCUGACGGCGCUGGACCCGCGGGCCAACGACUUCGACCUCAUGUACGAGCAGGUGAGGGCCAUCAAGGACGGCCGCGCCGUCGACAAGCCCGUCUACAACCACGUCACCGGCCUCCUCGACCCGCCCGAGCGCGUCGCGCCGCCCAGGAUCCUCCUCCUCGAGGGCCUGCACCCGAUGUACGAUGAGCGCGUCAGGGGCCUGCUGGACUUCAGCAUCUACCUGGACAUCAGCGACGAAGUGAAGUUUGCAUGGAAAAUUCAGAGAGACUUGGCAGAGCGCGGGCACAGCCUAGAGAGCAUCAAGGCCAUCAUCGAGGCAAGGAAGCCCGACUUCGAUGCCUACAUUGACCCGCAGAAGCAGUACGCGGACGCCGUGAUCGAGGUCCUGCCGACGCAGCUGAUCCCGGGCGACGACGACGGCAAGGUGCCGCGCGUGAGGCUGAUCAUGAAGGAAGGCGUGAAGCACUUCGCCCCGGUGUACCUCUUCGACGAAGGGUCCACCAUCAGCUGGAUCCCCUGCGGCCGGAAGCUCUCCUGCUCCUACCCCGGCAUCAAGUUCGCCUACGGCUUCGGCGCCUACUUCGGCCACGAGGUGUCGGUGCUGGAGAUGGACGGGCGGUUCGACAAGCUGGACGAGCUCAUCUACGUGGAGACCCACCUCAGCAACCUGUCCACCAAGUUCUACGGGGAGGUGGCGCAGCAGAUGCUCACGCACGCCGACCUCCCGGGCAGCAACAACGGCACGGGUCUCUUCCAGACCAUCGUUGGGCUCAAGAUCAGGGAACUCUGCGAGCAGAUCGUCGCCGAGAGGGACGCCAUGACGGCCGACGCCGUCAAGGUCUGAUGUCUGAUGAAGCCGGUGGUGAUUGUUAUGUGCACUGUAGUUGCAGACUUUGUAGUAGUGUGUUUGUAUAGAAGAUGUUGCAGGGACAGUGCAGUGAACUGUGAACCACACAAAACGGCUAAUGCAGUUUUGCAUCAACUGAACAAUUAGGCAUUAGGAGUUGGUUUGCCGUGGGGUAUGACCAUAUCAGUUCCUUGGAACUGGAAGUCAUGACCAGUCAAUUUCAAGGCGUCCUGAAGGGUUAUUUGCAUCUAGUAA